AUGGGGUUCCAUGACUCGGGAAGUCUUCCUCUAACUGGCUUACCAACACCGAAUUUCGACAAGAAACGUUGCCUCGGGCGACUCUACAAUUUUUCCGCAAUAGCGCUCUAUUCGACAGACCGUCGCGCAUGUCACCGCGCAGCGUGGAGCCGAUAUUAUAUCAGAAGUGGAAUUUUGAUGAGCCAUACGUCAAAGACAAAAGAUGAUGCAUCCAGUUCUGGUCCACAACAGGCUGCUGAAACGAAGGUUUACUAUUAUCUUGACGAUGAUGCGACCCCUUUUGUGUCCAUCCUACCUGUGCCACCUGAUGAAGCAACGUUGAGAGAUUUCAAGAAAGUUUUCACCAGAAAAGGGUUCAAGUACUUUUGCAAAGGCCUAGACGCCGAUAUCAAAAGAGAGGUGAAGAUCGAGUUAUGUGACGAUUCCGCUGCUCUGAAAAAAUCUACUAAUGGUCUUAUUGAAUUAUUCCUGCACAGUUGUGGCGGCCCCGGUGUAUUACCUCGCUCCGGAACAUUGCCAAGAAGAGGACAAGCGGAAUAUAUGCCCAACAUGGAACUUCCUGAUAAAGCUGAUAGGCGACGAUCUUUGGUUAAUUUGGACUUACUCGACGCUUCAGAAAGUACUCACCCAGCCAGCAGCAUUGGUGGAACGAUCGUCAGCAGACGGGCCGGUGAACACCUUGCUGAGCUAUACACUUCAAACUCUGAAAACUUCUAUAAUGACUCCACAAGGUUCUCCGCCACAGCUUCAUCAUCGCUUUACGAGCCAUUGUGCGCUAAUGGUGGCUAUAACGAUGGCGGAAAGGUGCGAAGGCGAAAACCUCGGAAAGAGCGCUUUCGAAAGGCGUAUGUUCCAAGCACAAUUAGCUCUAUCACGGAGAGCAGCAUGACUAGUCUAUCGCUUCCACGAAUUUUGGAAGUGAACUUAUCUAUGAGAACCACACCAUACCUCGGCAUAUCGGUCGGUAGUUUCCAGGGUAGCAUACUAGUCAGUGAGAUCCUGCCGGAUGGUGCUGUUGCCAAAGACGGACGCAUCGAGGUUGGAGACCAGAUUGUGCAGGUCAAUAACAAAUCUUUCGAAAAUCUUUCUGAGGCUCAGGCUGUUCGGCUUCUGAGGGAAGUUGCAGCGGCUAAGAAACCACUGACGUUAUUCGUAGCCAAGUAUUCUCGCAAUAAUGACUACGACCCUCUUUCGACAUUGGCUUCAGAGACACUGCCUCUUGAUGUCUCGCUUUGGGUGCAGACGGCCGUUCAAUGUGCCGAACGGCAACGUAUAUAUCGUGAGAGAGGCAUACCUGAUGAUACUACCCAAACGUUCGAUGAGAAUGCAGUGGGGAACGAGGGUGAAACAGAUGAUGAGGAGGAGCGAGUCCUUUACGAACAGCGACGCCAUGGUAUACCUCAGAUAAAUGUAGAGGAACUAGAGCGACGCAGAGAAAACGAACAAAAUGAGCACAGGGCAACACAACGACUUUCUAUAACCAUGGAUCCGGUGAUAAUAUUGAGAGCACUUGCUAAACCGGAUUCUGGCUUACAAGUGAAGAAUCGGAAGUGGUUGAAGAUACUAGUCCCUAUGUCCUUCAUAGGUCGCGACCUUGUUGAUUGGCUGUUGGAGCAUGUAGAAGACCUGAGUGAUAGGAAGGCAGCACGGCAGUAUGCAGCUGAGCUUCUCAGAACUGGUCUUAUACGGCAUGUCGUGAGCAAGUUAACGUUUACUGAGAAAUGCUAUUAUGUCUUUGGCGAUGCUAUUGUUGGGACUCGAGGUGCCGCAGACAGUACUCAGAACAGUGGUGGUACAAUGAAGGUAGAAGCAACGACUGAAGUCACCUACGUAGGCUCACCAGCCCCCACAGGUGCCCAUCAUGGCAACAAUGUUCGUCAAUUUGGGCAACCUCCUCCGGGACCACAUCAAGUAGCAGAUCAAACUUGGCCGUUCAGCCCUAUUACAGUUUAUGAUUCUGCGCGACGGUUUAGAAACGACUGUGAAAGUCCAGUUACAAAUGACUACGCUUCGAUGGUUGGAGGCGAAAGCAGUGCAUCUUAUGCGAUAGGAGUUGGUCGCGGACUACCCAGAGUGUUGAACACUCCAGUGGAUGGAACAUCAGAUUUGCAGUCCAACCUCGCUCCACCUCAUCCUAGUCCUUGUGAAACAGUUUUUGAGGAUGACGACAAGAGAAGGAUUCUGAGACGAUGAUGUCUUACGUAUGAUGUUGAUUUGAGAUGUUUAGGCUUCGAAGAAGCGAGAUAAUGUUGACGAGUAUAAGAUUUCAGCGCGGAGUAUGUAUGCUACUAUUAACCUUUGUUAUGUUUGAUUCUAUGCAAUUUGUGUUUUUAUUCUUACUAUAUGCAAUAGUGAUUGAAAUGAAUACAACAUCACCUUA